AUGCUGCCUCGAAUGGCGGUCUGCGGAAAACUUGAUUCCAACAAAGUCAAACGGCACGUCGCUCCACCAAACUGCGAGCUUGAGACGUCCAUCCAACGGCAAGAGUGCAACAGGCUUGGACAAACACCGGAUCCUGGCUCGCUCGAGGUGUCCCUGCUCCAUCCUGCACGCACGACCCCAGGCAAACGGCGCAGCCAACGUGCCCUACAGCACAGCUCGUCGGAUUCGCGAGCGAGCCGGUCGAGCGAGCCCAACAUGAUGUCGUCCACCGGGGCACAGCGUGUGCCCGCCUGGAAACGAUUGGGCCUUCAGCUCAAGCCGGCUGCGGACGGACCCGAGACGGGAACUGGCCGCACCCCGGCGGUUGGGCAUCGAGGCAGCACCCAGCACGACAGCCAUUCGAGCAAAAGGAAACUCGAGGCCCCGCCGGCCGCGGCCGAAUCGGCGGCGAGCAAUAAAAAGGCUCGACGGGAGUCCCAUACGACCAACGGGACAAAGGCGCAGCAGCUCCAGAAAAAGGUCAAGUCCGUCACCUUUGGCGACACUCCGACAAAGGCCUCCGCCGGCGAAGGCCCGAAACAAAAGAAGCAGGCCAAGAAGAACAAAGGACCGGCGAAAAAGCAGAAGCCGGCGGCGCCCGCCGACUUUGGACCGGCGCUCGAGUACUUGAGGCAGUGGAAGUCGUCGCGGAGCAGCUGGAAAUUCAACAAGAACCACCAGUCGACGCUGAUCAACCACGUCUUCGACGCCGACGGCAUCCCCGCCGCCGACGUGGCCACGUUUUAUGAGUACAUCCGGGACCUGAAGGGCUUCGUCCGAACGAGGCUGCAGGAGACGGCCAUGGACGUGCGGACCGCCGACACCACCCGCCAGGGUUCUGCCUUUCCCGCCGGCACGACGGAUCUCGAGGCCAAGCAGAUGGGUUACGAGAAGCUCCUCGGCGACCUGCUGCUGACCCAACAGCCGGGGCAAAAGAGAAAGGGCUUCAACGAGGCCGAGUACAUUGCCGCUUCGAAGGAUGCCGACGUGCUCAUCCGACGCUUGGUCAAGCGCAUGCGCGCCGAGAUGAUCAUCGACGAGCUGUCCGACGCCGAGCAGACGGACGGCAGCGAGAUGACGCAAUCGUCCCGGACCAUGACCAACAGCGACACCAACACGACGACGGCCGACGGGCCGGACAAGCGACUGAGGCUCAACGACGGCUCCGGCAAGCGGCGCCGGAAGCUCCGCGUCAACCUGGACGACAGCAGCAGCUCCGAAUCGGAAUCGGAUAGCGACUCGGACACCAGCAGCGCCGGCUCGUCGGACGAUUCCGCCUCCGACUCGUCCGAGUCCGAGUCCGAGUCCGAGUCCGACGACGCGUCCGACGACGGAGAAGAAGCGGAUCCGACGUCCGUCGGGGCUGACGAGUCGUCGAGCAGCGAGUCGUCGUCCUCGUCCGAGGAGGAAGACGAGUCGGACUCGGACGGCUCAGAUGACAGCGACGACGAAUCGGCUAGCCGUUGA